CCGGUCGGCUGGCGGAGGCGCGAGCGCCAGACUCGUUCAUCUCAGACAAGGAACUCGAGCUCCGUUGUGUUGUCCACGGCAACCGACCCACGUUAUCGCUGUCAUUAUUGUUCCUCAGCAAAGGGAAGCGUGGAUUUUAACGGGUCGCUCUGCAGGCAUGUCGAAACUAAAGCUAAUAUCUGCAGCAGACACUCAGUACCCAGCAUCACUGUUGAAGUCCAUCAAUGAUGAGCGACACAGCGGUUUAUUCUGUGAUGUCACCAUAAUCGUGCAAGACCGCAAGUUUAAGGCGCACAAAUGUGUGCUGUCUGCCUCGAGUACCUAUUUCCGUCAACUUUUCGCAGUUGCUGGACAAGUUAUAGAGCUGAACUUCAUCAAGGCAGACAUAUUCGAUGUGAUCUUGAAUUACAUAUACACAUCUAAAAUCUACAGAGUUCGCUCAGACAGACUCGAGGACCUCAUCAGCGCCGGUCAGGCUUUGGGAGUGACAUUCAUAGCCAGUUUAGGAACGCCGCUUGCCCAAGUCAAAGGAUUACCGGGCCUUUCCAAAGAAAGUGAGAACAACAGCAUCCAUUCCUCUGAGAAGAAUGACACCGGAGGUGAGAAUAUGCCGAUCAUUACUGAGACAUUCUCACUGUCUGCUGAAGAGUUCAACAUGGCGUACCCUAACACGGAAAAGGAAGUGGACUCAGACAGCGAUGAUGUUCUUUUCGUCUCAAAAACAGAGGCCCCUCAAGCUCAAAAGACCAAGAUAUCAAACAUUAUUGAUAAAGAAGGAGGGCCAGAAGCUAAAAAACAAAAAAUGACAAACGAGGAAGAAAUCGCCUCUAAUGAUUCAACAGCCCAAAAGAGAAAAGAGCUAUCUUCUGAUAGAAAUACAUCACUCCAAAAUAACUUUGAGCCCCUGCCCGAUGUUGUGAUCCUCUCAAAUCCAGAAUCCAGUAGCAGUGAUCUCACUUCACCUGUAAGAACGAGCUCAAACAGCGAGCCCACCACCCCAGCUGGUGUGAACAGCCUUCCUUCUGAUGCUCACAGCACCUCGCUGCCUCUAGACAACAACGAAGUGCUCGGAGUCCAAAAGAAAAAGGUUCUUCUAGAGCACUCCCCUGAUCAUCCUGGAAAAAUUAGACUGUCGGAUGUAAGGCUGACAUAUAGCACCAAUAAUGGACCAGUACCAGCAAUGAACAUAGUCCCGGUGGUGUUGGAGAAAAAGACGAUAACUUUAGACAAAGCUUCGGAAAUAGAUUCGCUGUCGCCGGGUUGUAAAGUGUACGCUAACAUCGGCGAAAACACCUACGACAUUGUUCCAGAAAAAGAGGAUCCUGUAGAGGGAUCGGCUCCUGGUAGGAAAUCUCAAACCCCACACGGUGUUCCCAGUGUGAGUGAUCACUCGCCUCGAGGAAAGAAAAAAUCAAAGCUGGAUCAGGAGGAUCACUACGAACUUAUCAUGGAUGGAAAGACCUUUUACGUGUGCAUCGUGUGCAAGCGUCCCUAUGUGUGCCUGACGAGCCUCAGGCGGCACUUUAACACUCACUCAUGGGAACGGAAGUAUCCGUGCCAUUACUGCAGCAAGGUUUUUGCCCUGGCCGAGUACAGAACCAAACAUGAAAUCACUCACACGGGCGAAAGACGCUACCAGUGUUUACUCUGCAAUGAAACCUUUCUCAAUUAUCAGAUUUUGUCCACCCACUGCAAGCAAAUGCACAACCAAGACCCGUCGGGAAGGAAAGAGAAAGACGACUCGUGCAACAACUUGUAUCGGCUGCUGCCUUGUAAAACGUUGCAGUUCAAACCAUAUUCUUUCGUGUCUGAAGAGCCGGGAGGGAUUCCGGUGAUCGGUGAAGAUGGGACUAUCCAACAUGUAAACCCCGACAAAGAGCACUUUACCAACCAGCCACUUCCAGCUAGCCAAAACAAAGCACUGACCUGGGACGACAUCUUUGUAGAAUCCGAAGCACAAAACAGGCCGGUGGCUCCACCUCCACGGUCUAUCGACCAAAUAAAUGCAGAAACCAGGAAUGAAUUUGAGUUUGUUAUACCAGAGACGUACUGAGCAUGCUUUUGCACAGCUCUGGCUCAGGUGCCUUGUUCCUCUGUAUGUGCUUUUAAUUUGAGAGGCGAGUGGUCGUGGUUCUUUGGACCAUUUGAAUGAAAACUCAACUUCAGUAUCCAUCAACUCAUGAAAGUUGUUUUAAGGUGCUUUAAUGUAUAUUUAGACAAUGUAUUACUUAGUGUUGGUCUACAGUUCAGUUUCACAAUCCAUUAUUGAAUCGUAAUCAUGCUGCGUCAGAUAAUAUGACUAAGUAGACAAAACAUAUUUUAUGUACAGCUACAUUAGAUCUGUGUCGAGUUGACUUUUAAUAUUUUCUUUUCCCAUUUGUAUUCCCGGACAUUCCAUGUCGUAUGUAAUUAGUAGGGAUCAAGAACAGUUUGUUACAUUUAUUUUUACAAUUAUGUAAUUUUGAUGUGUAAUUGCUUUUCCAAAAGUCCAAAAUCAUGCCUUUCGUUUUCAAAGUUUCAUUUGUCAGUCAGCUUCUUAUGGUAGUUAUUAAUGAUCGUUUGGCACUAGAUAGUUCAGUGUUAAGGGCAGGUUUCGGUCCUGCAGUAAGAAACAGUUUGAAUGUUUGUAUUUAUCGUUUUUGAUUGUCAGCAGUUUUCAAGAAGGAUGGAGUAAAUAUGUGAAAUUUGUAAUGUCCUCUGUCCAGUAAUUAUUGUUUUGUUUAUUUAUAUGCUGGCCAUAUAUCCUGAUAUAUUUCCCCAGACAGUACUCAAGACCUGAAGAGAGAUAUUCAUGCCUCCUCCACUCAUGUCUAGAGAAACAAGAUACUGAAUUGUUCAGGGUAAUCAAAGGGUCAUGUUGGUAAUACAGAGGACCUCUACUUUACGGUUGAAUAUUUUGUACAUGUCGUUUUUAAAAAUUAUUUUUUCAGCAUAGUUUUAGCAGUUAUUUUAGCUUUGUGGACUGAGAGAAGAAUCUGUGAAUACAACGAGAUUCCUUCAGUCAGAACUAGUGCUUUAACACCAUAACAAUGUACAUGAUAGUACUGAAGACCUUCAUUUUAACACUUUCUUCCCUUUUGGAACCUAUUUAUUAUCAGGUCUUAGUGUGAUAUAGAAUUAAAUAAAACUUUGAAGAAAG